CGCUAAGAGCAGGAGUUUAGAGGACUAAACAUCACUACUCAAGCGGACUUCAUUUAGUGAAGCCUAUAGGUAAGAAGCCGACUGUCUUAACUCGGAUGUUCUCUAAAUGAAACUCCUCGUUGGCAAGGACACCGGCAUGAGCGCGGAUGUAUCCGAGAGCGAAAGAACUGACUUUUCCCCAAACUUGUAGGAACCAGCUCUCUCUGACCGCCUGUGACUUUAGAGCUUGAUGAAACUUUUCUGUUGAAUGAGGCUGGCACAUCUGGACGCAGGACCCGGAGCUGUCAAAUCCAGCGUCCAACUUUAGACGGAAGUGAUUUGUUUUAUUGAUCCCUAUACUUAAAACAUUGUUUCAAGAAAUUUCUUAUAAUUUCUUAUAAUUUUUGAAACUUCAUUAAAAAGUUAAAACAAAAAAAAACUUUUUUCUUUUUUUUUAUGAGCGCAAACAUGGAACAAUCAGUCGUCAAACUCACAUGCGUCUUGGUGGUUAUUUGUCUUCUGGAUAAAAGGGUGGAUUCCAAUGAGAUCUUAGGUCUGAAACUACCCAACAUUGAACCCAUCCUGAAUGCCAACACGGUCUGUCUGACACUACCCGGGCUGACGAGACGCCAGCUGGAGGUGUGCAUGCGCAAUCCAGAUGUGACGGCUUCAGCAAUCCAGGGAAUCCAGAUUGCCAUCCAUGAGUGCCAGCACCAGUUCAGAGGGCACCGGUGGAACUGCUCGAGUCUGGAAACCAAAAACAAAAUACCCUAUGACAGCAUUGUCUUUAAAAGAGGUUUUCGAGAGAGUGCCUUUGCAUAUGCCAUUGCAGCAGCUGGGGUGGUGCAUGCGGUGGCCAACGCCUGCUCCAUGGGAAAACUGAAAGCGUGCGGCUGCGAUGAGAAGCGGCGUGGGGACGAAGAGGCCUUUCGACUGAAGCUUACCCGCUUACAGUUGGAGGCCAUUCAGAGGGGGAAGGGGAUGGUUCAUGGUGUGAUGGAGCAUUACCCAGCCGACCUCUCUGGACUGCAACCAGACUCCUGGGAGUGGGGUGGCUGCAGCCCUAAUGUGGAAUUUGGGGAGAAGUUCUCAAGGGACUUCCUGGAUGCUCGCGAAACCUACAGAGACAUCCAUGCAAGAAUGAGGUUGCAUAAUAACAAAGUUGGGAGGCAGGUGGUGCUGGACAACAUGAGAAGGAAAUGCAAGUGCCAUGGGACGUCAGGGAGCUGCCAGCUUAAAACCUGUUGGCAGGUCACUCCAGAGUUCCGGCUGGUGGGCACAAUCCUAAAAGAGCGUUUUCAUGUUGCCACCUUUAUCAAGGCUCAAAACAGGAAUAACGGCCAACUGGAUCAUUCAAACCAUAACAACCACAACCAUCAUCACCAUCACAAUCAUCGAGACAGCCACCACUCACAUCGGCGGCGCAACAGCAGAGACCUGGUGUACUUCGAGAAGUCGCCUGAUUUUUGUGAGCGGGACCUUAGUUCGGACUCAGCGGGCACACAGGGCAGGAUCUGCAACAAGACCAGCCCUGGAAUGGACAACUGUGAGAGUCUGUGCUGUGGGAGGGGGCACAAUAUCCUGCAACAGACACGCAGCGAACGCUGCAACUGCAAGUUCCACUGGUGCUGCUAUGUGGUUUGUGAAGAGUGCAGGAUAAAAGAGUGGGUUAGUGUUUGUAAAUGAAGAAAAACACAGUAAAAGACCCAAGUCAUAAGAGAAAAACAGCCAAAUGCCCCAUUGUUUUUUGUCAUGGACUGCAUUUUUUUGUUUGUUUUUGUUUUUUUUGUUGCAGAGCAGUCACAGAAGGACAGUGUGUCGCAAUUAAUGCGGCAAAGAAACUUGUGUUGGUCGGUGUAGAUUGCACAUGCAGGAGGCGCCUGAAGUUGCUACAAGCCAGAUUUAAAAAGGAUCUUUACCACCUUACUAUGAAGACUGGAGAGCAGAGUUAUAUAAAAAAA